GGAUUAUUGACAGCUGGGAUAUCCCAGGAUGCCCAGCCCACCUCAGAAUCUGAAUGUUCCGGUGCAAGACGUUUGGAUUCUUCUAAUAGCCACCCUUUGCCUUGAUGACAGCUUUGCACACUCUUGUGCAAACACUCUCAACCAGCUUCACCUGGAAUGCUUUUCCAAAAGUGUUGAAGGAGUUCCCACAUAUGCUGAGCACUUGAUGGCUGCUUUUCCAACUCAUCCCCAAAAAUCUAAAUUUUCUAUCUCAAUUGCAGCACAUGAACAGGGUGGCUCCCGGUUGCUUCAGUUGUUGGGCCUGUUCCUCCUCCCAGGCAGCAUUGUGAAGUUCUCACCACAUACGACUGGUCAUCAUCAGAUGUAGCCUUGUGGAGGACUUCAGCCAAGAUGAGAGAGUGGGCUUACAGGAAUCAAAUGAAAAUGUCAGUCUUCUUAUCCAAGUCACGCUCCAUGGAGUCAAGCAACGUACAUCCCUGAGAAAUAACAGCAGUUUAUGAAUACCGGAUUUUGCCUCUGAAGAUUUGACUUGCCUUUUUUGGGAAAGCCUCUCUCCACCACUCUUGAGCUAUAGAGGAGACAUGGCCAGCAACUCGUUCCAUGAGUCGAAGCGUGGUAGACAUGCACAGGCCAACCAUGAUGUUGGAGAUUUCAACUGCUCGCUCAAGGAGCUGCGCUCCCUCAUGGAACUCAGGGGACCUGAGGGAAUAACUAGAAUCCAAGAAUGUUAUGGAGAUGUCCAAGGACUCUGUACCAGACUGAAAACAUCACCUAUUGAUGGGUUAGGAGGGCAUGCUGACGACAUCGCCAGAAGGAAAGAGGAGUUUGGACAGAACGUAAUACCUCCAAAAAAGCCAAAAACAUUUCUUCAGUUAGUGUGGGAAGCGUUGCAAGAUGUGACACUAAUUAUCCUAGAAGUGGCAGCCAUCAUUUCAUUAGGCCUUUCUUUUUAUAGACCUCCAGAUGCCGAAAGAGAAAAUUGUGGGAAGGCAGCGGGAGGAGUGGAGGAUGAGGGGGAGGCAGACACGGGCUGGAUUGAGGGUGCAGCCAUCCUCCUGUCUGUCGUCUGUGUGGUCCUGGUGACAGCGUUCAAUGACUGGAGUAAAGAGAAGCAGUUCCGCGGGCUGCAGAGCCGUAUUGAACAGGAGCAAAAGUUCACGGUGGUCCGCGGAGGUCAAGUCAUCCAGAUCCACGUGGCUGAGAUCGUAGUCGGCGAUGUUGCACAAGUGAAAUACGGUGACCUUCUUCCUGCUGAUGGUGUGCUAAUCCAGGGAAAUGAUUUGAAAAUCGAUGAAAGCUCUCUAACCGGUGAAUCUGACCAUGUCAAGAAGACAUUGGACAACGAUCCCAUGCUGCUGUCAGGUACCCACGUCAUGGAGGGUUCUGGGAAGAUAUUGAUCACAGCAGUAGGUGUCAACUCCCAGACCGGCAUCAUUUACACACUACUUGGAGCCGAGGAAGACGAAGAUGACGAUGAGGACGAAAAGGCGGAGAAGGAAAGGAAAAAGAGGGAGAAAGAGGAGAAGAAGAAAGAGAAUGAGAGGAAAAAGAAAGAGAAGAAAGAAAAGAAGGACAAGAAAGACAAACUAGACAAGAAAAAUAAGAAAGAUGAGAAAAACAAGAAAGGUAAGUCUAAGGGUGGUGCAGGCGUGGAGAUGCAGCCCCUAAACAGUGACGAUGGAGGAGAGGAGAAGAAGAAAGCCAACCUACCAAAGAAGGAAAAGUCUGUGCUCCAGGGGAAGUUGACCAAAUUAGCGGUGCAGAUCGGCAAAGCAGGCCUGUUCAUGUCGGGAUUGACAGUAAUCAUCCUGAUAACUCUGUUUAUGGUGGACACCUUCUGGAUCCAGGGCCUACCAUGGGUCGCGGACUGCACACCCAUCUACAUACAGUUCUGUGUCAAGUUCUUCAUCAUAGGUGUAACUGUGCUAGUGGUGGCCGUGCCCGAAGGUCUCCCCUUGGCCGUCACCAUCUCAUUGGCCUACUCUGUCAAAAAAAUGAUGAAAGACAACAACCUGGUGAGGCACCUGGAUGCCUGUGAAACCAUGGGCAAUGCCACAGCCAUCUGCUCUGACAAAACGGGGACAUUAACCAUGAACAGGAUGACCGUGGUCCAGGCUUAUCUGGGAGACAGGCACUACAGGGUGGUUCCUGAGCCUGACCUCAUCCCAGGCAAAGUCUUGGACCUGCUCAUUAUGGGCAUCGGAGUCAACUGUGCUUACACUUCCAAGAUCAUGUCUCCUGAGAAGGAGGGCGGGCUGCCGCGCCAAGUAGGCAACAAGACUGAAUGUGCCUUGCUGGGCUUUGCCUUGGAUCUGAGACGGGACUAUAUGACCAUCCGCAAUGAGGUCCCAGAGGAGAAGCUCUUCAAGGUCUACACCUUCAACUCAGCCAGGAAGUCCAUGAGCACGGUGCUAAAGAACGCAGAUGGGAGCUACCGCAUGUUCAGCAAAGGAGCAUCAGAGAUCCUCCUGAAGAAGUGUUGUAAGAUCAUGACAGCCAAUGGGGAGGCUAAGGUCUUUAAGUCCAGGGACAGAGAUGACGUGGUGAAGAAGGUGAUCGAGCCCAUGGCCUCCGAGGGCCUCAGGACCAUCUGCCUGGCCUACAGGGACUUCCCCCCUGCCGACGGCGAGCCUGACUGGGAAAAUGAAACUGACAUCCUCACCGGCCUCACCUGUUUGUGUGUGGUGGGCAUCGAGGACCCCGUACGGCCAGAGGUACCUGACGCCAUUAAGAGGUGUCAGCGCGCUGGCAUCACAGUGCGCAUGGUCACAGGGGACAACAUCAACACGGCUCGGGCCAUCGCUAGCAAGUGUGGCAUACUGCAGCCCGGAGAUGACUUCCUCUGUAUAGACGGCAAAGAGUUCAACCGACGAAUUAGAAAUGAACUGGGAGAGAUUGAGCAGGAGCGCAUUGAUAAGAUUUGGCCCAAACUCCGUGUGCUUGCAAGAUCCUCACCCACUGACAAACAUACCUUAGUGAAAGGUAUAAUGGAUAGCACUGUACAAGAACCAAGACAAGUUGUUGCUGUAACAGGAGAUGGUACUAAUGACGGCCCUGCCUUGAAGAAAGCUGAUGUUGGAUUUGCCAUGGGCAUUGCAGGCACGGAUGUGGCCAAAGAGGCCUCAGACAUCAUCCUGACAGAUGACAACUUCAGCAGCAUCGUCAAGGCGGUGAUGUGGGGACGGAACGUCUACGAUAGCAUCUCAAAGUUUCUCCAGUUCCAGCUGACGGUUAAUGUGGUGGCUGUCAUUGUGGCCUUCACCGGAGCCUGCAUCACACAGGACUCUCCUCUCAAAGCUGUCCAGAUGCUGUGGGUGAACCUGAUCAUGGACACCUUUGCCUCGCUGGCCCUGGCCACUGAGCCCCCAACUGAGUCUCUCCUGCUGAGGAAGCCGUACGGCCGCAACAAGCCCCUCAUCUCUCGAACCAUGAUGAAGAACAUCCUGGGCCACGCUGUCUACCAGCUCACCAUAAUCUUCACUCUGCUGUUCGCCGGGGAGCAGAUGUUCGACAUUGACAGUGGGAGGUACGCACCACUCCACGCCCCUCCCUCAGAACAUUACACAAUUGUCUUCAACACCUUCGUCAUGAUGCAACUCUUCAACGAGAUCAACGCCCGCAAGAUCCACGGCGAGCGCAACGUCUUUGACGGAAUCUUCAAAAACAUGAUCUUCUGUUCCAUUGUGUUCGGAACGUUCGUCAUCCAGAUUGUGAUAGUGCAGUUUGGAGGGAAACCUUUCAGCUGUGUGUGCCUCACCAUCGACCAAUGGCUCUGGUGUGUCUUCUUGGGCUUUGGAUGUCUACUGUGGGGCCAGGUGGUCACAACUGUCCCCACCAGCCGGCUGAAGUUCCUGAAGUCUGCAGGCCAUGGCACGCAGCAGGAGGAGAUCCCUGAGGAGGAGCUGGAGGAGAUGGAGGACCUGGAUGAGAUCGACCACGCUGAGAUGGAGAUGAGGAGGGGACAGGUCCUCUGGUGCAGAGGUCUAGGCAGGAUCCAGACUCAGAUCCGCGUAGUGAAUGCCUUCCGAGACACUAUGUCCCCCUACGAGGGUCUGGAGACCCCGGAGUCCCGCAACUCCAUCCACAACUUCAUGACAACCCCAGAGUUCAGGAUAGAAGACUCAGAGCCACAGAUCCCACUCAUCGAUGACACAGAGGGGGAGGACGAUGCUCCCACCAAGCGCAACGCUGCACAGACUCUGCCCCCACACUCCAAGCUGGCCACCCUCCCGUCCUCGCCCAACCAGAACAAUAACGCUGUGGACAUGAUCAUCCCCCUUCACAAGGAGAGCCCAAAGAUUAGCGGGAAUCCUGAGAGUGCUGUGCUUCCGGCGUGCCCUGGGAGCCCGCUGAACAGCCUGGAGACCUCCCUCUGAGCUGGACCGUAGUACCAGUAAUGGCCCACUGACCUCAGCCCACUUAACAAUACCAAGAUGUGGGGAGAGGAGGCUUCUAGAAGUUUUGCUUUGGACUGGAAUUGAGGACAUCAGAUAUUUCAUAUUUUAUGGUCUUGUAUCGAUGGAGGGGUGCAUAUUUUGAAUGAAAGAAUUAUAGACUACGCUUUAAAAAAGUCAUUGAAUGAACAGGGAGGCUGGGCCGCAUUGCUGUACAUCAGCAAUACUUCUAAAGAAUUAAUGCAUUGGCUAUGUAUAUUUUUACGAUUUCAUUCAUGUUGUGAAAGCAGACCUGUUUACACGUUUGUGAAACUUUGAUUGUCUGUGAAAGACCUACGUAAUAACAUGUACAACAUGGAGCUGUGAAAUUAAAAAUAUCUAUACUGUAUUUUAGAUAUGGCUGUUUUUUAGGAGAAAACAGGUUUCUAUUAAAACUGAACUAUUUUGCCUGCAAGUUCUAUUUGGUAUGUAUUUUGCUAGGUACAUAGAAAUAUCUAGCAAAAUAAUAAGAAGAGGUGGUUUUGUGGUCUAUUAGGAGAGGUUAGAAUAACUGGAAAACAAUCACAAAUAUCCAUGUACACAAUUCCACACUGUAAAUAUUCACUCUGUUCCCAAUCAUUCCAAAACUACAUUUCAUGUUUACUGGAAAGUGGAGCUUCCACAGAUAAUAAGCACCGACUCUGUAGAGAUAAUUAUGUGAAGUGAGUGUAUUGUUGGUUUUAAGUCAUUUUUUUACCAUUUUAAAUCAGGAGUAGGUUGUUGCCUGAUCAAAAACCACGUAUUUCAAAGACGUUUAAUGUGCUGAAUGGUUUUGAUGACCUGGGUUGUAUUUCACAAAUAGGAUCAAAGGGUUUGCCCAGCUAACUGAUAUAACUUGAUUCUCUACAUCAUUAACAUGUACAGUUAGUUGAUAAAGUAAUACUUACCCAUUGAUGUCCCUUUCCAUUUGACCUCUCCCGUGAACUGACCUGGGAGAUUUGGGUUGUUAUUAUUUAAAGUUGACUACCAUAUUGAUUCUGCUUUUUGAAAUACCCUCCAGGAAACAUAGAAACUACGCAAGAUACAGGGGACUUUAGACUCUCGGCACAGAGUACUUUAUUGCAUAUAACCUCCUUCAGAGAGACUUAGUAUUUUGUAAAAUAUAGCCUAGCUUUGUAUCUUCUUCAAGAAAACGAAGUAGUUUUCAUCCCUCACAAAAGUCAGGGUAUCAUCAUUUUGGAGGCAGAAUUGAAAAGGAUUCAGAACAGAGGUUUUUU